ACCAUGUCCCUGCUGGCCCAGCUCUUUGCUCUCUGGCUGGUGGGCAGGCAGCCGGCUCAGACGCUGACCUGCUCCCGGUGGGGGACACCCAGCGGCAGCGGGUUGUUUGAGGACGGGGAUGUAAUCAUCGGCGGGCUCUUUAACCUUCACUACAUGCCUCCUGUCAAGGACCAGAGGUUCACUCUGGAGCCAGACAACAAGCCCUGCACUGGUUUGCUAAACCUGCCACUGCAGUACAUCUAUGCGAUGGUGUUCGCUCUGGAGGAAAUCAACCACAGCUCCGCCUUGCUGCCGGGCGUGAAGCUGGGUCACCAUAUCCAUGACGGCUGUGCCCUCCCUGCUUGGGAGAUGCAGGCUGCGCUCUCGUUGGUCGGCGGAGACGCGCCGAGCUGUAACUCGGAUCAGGAGGGAACAGAAGUCGGAGCGGGUGAACGGCGUGUGCCUCUGAUCAUUGGUGGCUCCUCGUCCAUAACAGCCCAGAUACUGUCCAGACUCCUGGGACCACUUUCUGUUCCUCUAGUGAGCUACACAGCAAGUUCUCCAAGUUUAAGUGACAGGCGGCAAUAUCCUAAUUUCUUCAGAACCAUGGCCAGUGAUAUCUUUCAAGCUCGUGCAAUUGCUCGGCUGGCUAUGAAGUUUAAUUGGACCUGGGUUGGAGCAGUGGUGGCCAACAAUGACUAUGGCCUUAUGGCAGUGAAGGUCUUUGAGGAGGAGAUUCGGGGGGCCGCGGUUUGCCUCUCCUUCGUGGAGACCCUCCAGAGAGAAAACAUUGAGAGCGACGCCAGACGGGCGGCGCUCACCAUCCAGGCCUCCACUGCCAAGGUGAUUCUGAUCUUCACCUGGUACACGGACGUGAUGGAGCUGUUCCUACAACUGGAGAAGCUCAAUGUGACUGACAGACAAUUCCUGGCAAGUGAGGCUUGGAGCACCAGCAGGGAUCUUCAGCAAAGCACCUUCUCACGUAAAGUGGCGAGAGGCGUCCUCGGCAUUGCCAUCCGGAGCUCCCCCCUGCCUGGGUUUGGGACUUUUGUUCGGGGUUUAAAGCCGUCGCUUCGCCCGAACGACCAGUUCCUAAAGGAAUUUUGGGAAAAGGAAUUCGGAUGCAGUCCUGGGACUGCGGCAGCUCCGUCGUCUUCUUCUCUUCCACCCUGCAAUGGCACAGAGAGCCUGUGGGACGUGGAAAACCUUUUCACUGACGCCUCCCAGCUGCGGGUGACGUACAACGUCUACCUCGCGGUCUACGCUGCAGCCCACGGCCUUCACUCCCUGCUCUCCUGCCCCCCUCCAGGACGAAACGCCGCCUGCUCGCUUCACGCUCAAAUCAAACCCAGGGAGCUGAUGGAGCACCUCAGCAAAGUGAACUUCACCACCCCGCAGGGCGAAGCGUUUUAUUUCCAAGGUGCCGACGUCACGGCGAAGUAUGACCUCUUGAACUGGCAGAGCGGCCCCGAGGGAGAGGUCGACCUUGUUUUGAUUGGUCGUGUGGACGGCUUUGACCUCCACCUUAACGAGUCUGCCAUCCAGUGGAGCACAGGGUCCAGUCAGGUGCCCAUUUCCGUCUGCAGUGAGAGUUGUCCUCCUGGUACACGGAUGGCCACCAGGAAAGGGGAACCCAUCUGCUGUUUUGACUGCUUUCCAUGUGCUGAUGGACAGAUUAGCAACACAACUGGUUCCACUCAGUGCGAUCGUUGCCCGUCUGAGUUCUGGUCCAACGCCGAGCACACCGCCUGCAUCCCUCGCCAGCUGGACUUCCUUUCCUUCGAUGAAACUUUGGGCAUCACCCUCACAGCAGCGGCUGUUUCCGGUGUCACGAUGACCACUGCUGUGCUCGUGGUGUUCCUUUACUACCGCCAGACGCCGAUGGUACGAGCCAACAACUCGGAGCUCAGCUUUCUGCUUCUCCUGUCGCUGAAGCUCUGCUUUCUGUGCUCGCUGGUUUUCAUCGGCCGGCCCUCGGCGUGGUCGUGCCGGUUCCAGCAGGCGGCCUUCGGGAUCAGCUUCGUCCUCUGCAUCUCUUGCCUUCAAGUCAAGACAAUUGUGGUCCUGGCCGCGUUCCGCUCGGCCCGGCCCGGCGCCGAAGCCCUCAUGAGGUGGUUCGGUCCAGGACAGCAGAGAGGAAGUGUCUGCCUCUUCACAUCCGUACAGGUUGUCAUCUGCAUUAUUUGGCUGUCACUGAGCCCCCCAGAGCCUCGACCCAACUUGAAGAUCCCGGGUCUGCAGGUGACCCUGGAGUGCGCCAUGGCCUCCGUGGCGGGUUUCUCUCUGGUGCUGGGCUACAUCGGCCUCCUGGGCUGCACCAGCCUCCUUCUGGCCUUUCUCGCCAGGAAGCUCCCCGACAACUUCAACGAGGCCAAGCUGAUCACCUUCAGCAUGCUGAUUUUCUGCGCCGUCUGGGUGGCGUUUGUCCCCGCUUACGUGAGUUCGCCUGGAAAAUACGCGGUGGCCGUGGAGAUUUUUGCCAUCCUGGCCUCGAGUUACGGUUUGCUGUUCUGCAUCUUUGCUCCAAAGUGUUUCAUCAUCCUUAUGAGGCCAGAGAAAAACACCAAGAAGCAUUUGAUGGCAAGAUAGUCAUUUCAAAUGCAAUUUUAUAUUUUGUAGAUUUGUUCUAAAGAAGUAUGUUUUUUUUUCUUAAAAAGCUUAAAAUAAAAAAGUUUACUUAUAAAACUUUGUUUUAUAAGUUGUUUAUGCUCUAUUGUGUCAUUUAAAAGGUUUUGUUUUUCCAGAUGUGGCGCAGAAUGUUUGAAGACCUGUAAUAAAUUAUCGUAAUUUAAUAAAAAUAUGUUUUGAUUCAUUCAGUUUAAGUAUGUGUGCCUUUGAAUACAUAUUUUUAUGUUAAAAUGUUUUUGCUAAGAGUCAAAGGGGAGGAUAAAAGCAUGCUAAUUAGAACUUUUACACAUGACCACAUGUCAUUGGUCAGUAUCUUAUUGACAAUUCUCUUAGAUUUUGAUGCUACAGCAUCCACAUUGAUUUCUUUAUUUAAAAUUUGUAAACUAAUGACCAAAUUAUUUGCAUUUCAGUAGUGUAAAGAGCCAGACUUCUGACAAGCAGAUCAGGAACUUGACUUUUACUCUCUGAUCAAUUUAAAGUCCUCUGCUGCCAUCUGCUGGUCAGACACCAAAAGUGCUUUCAAAAAGGUCAAUAGGGUUCUUUCUCUCCUUACACAGAAUAAUUGGACCAGUGCAGACCUUAACAUUCAUUCUAACUUUUACAGGUAAUUUUUGACAAUUGUGUUAAUGCAAUAUGUCUGAUUUGUAAUAACCGUGUAAUGAUACAUGCAUGUUCUGUGCUUUUUAAAGAUUUCACUUCUGUUGUGCUAAAAGGAAAACUUUUUUAUGUCAAAAAUGUUUUGCUAAUUUGCUAAAGAGGCAUGAUUAUUACAAUUAUGUUUCAUUUAUACCGGUUUAAAGAUGUUCUAUGCUAUUUGAAGAUUUUGCUUCAGUCGUGCUGGCUUGUUUGAUUUUGUUUCAUUGUGGAAUGUAAAUUACUGCAGUUUGUCGAAGAACUUACAAUACAGAGAUUAAACAA